AUCCUCUACCAAUUUCGCCCACUUUGAUAAUAACGUGCAUGAAUUCCAAUAACUUUGAAGAAUCCACUUCUCCAUUUUUCCUCCCUUUGUUUUCUCUGGUUCUCCAUCAAUUCAUGUCUACAUCUAUUUCAAUUCAAAGACUCACGAGAACAGAUGAAUCAGCCACUUCAAUUGGAUCAUCAUCCGUUUCAAAGACACCCAAUAAAAAAUGGCGCAAUUGGUUGCCUCUAUUCAUUGCCCUUGUGUUUAUAGCAGAGAUUUCUUUUCUUGGUAAACUUGACAUGGCUGAAAAAGCCAAUCUUGUUAACUCUUGGGCUGAUUCUUUCUAUCAGUUCACCACGUCAUCUUGGCCCAACUCUAAACGGGUUGUUGAUGAAACCGAGUCGGGUCAGGGUUUGGUACCCGGAAGCUGUGAAGAGUGGUUGGAAAGGGAAGAUUACGUGGCUUAUUUUAGAGAUUUUGAAAAAGAACCAAUUUUGAUUCAAGGGAUUGAACAGACAUUGAAAUCAUGUUCCGUGGGAUGUAAGUUUAAGUUUGGAACAGAUACCGAUAAGAAGCCUGAUGCAACAUUUCGUCCACCACAUCAAAAUGGCACAGCUAGUGUGCUACGAUCCAUGGAGUCGGCUCUAUACUAUCCUGAGAACAACCUUACUAUGGCACGACGAAGGGGAUAUGAUGUUGUAAUGACAACAAGCCUCUCUUCAGAUGUUCCUGUUGGGUACUUCUCUUGGGCUGAGUACGAUAUCAUGGCUCCGGUACAACCUAAAACAGAGAAUGCCUUAGCAGCCGCUUUCGUUUCUAAUUGUGGUGCUCGCAACUUCCGCUUGCAAGCUUUAGAAGCCCUUGAAAGGGCAAAUAUCAGAAUUGAUUCUUAUGGCAGUUGUCAUCAUAACAAGGAUGGAAAAGUUGAUAAAGUGGAAGCACUGAAGCGCUACAAGUUUAGCUUGGCUUUUGAGAAUUCUAAUGAGGAGGAUUAUGUAACUGAAAAAUUCUUUCAGUCUCUUGUAGCCGGAUCAAUCCCUGUGGUGGUUGGUGCUCCAAACAUACAAGACUUUGCUCCUUCUCCUACUUCACUCUUACACAUUAAAGAGUUAAAAGACGCUGAAUCAGUUGCCAAGACUAUGAAGUCCCUUGCUGAAAACCCUAUUGCAUAUAAUGAGUCAUUAAGGUGGAAGUUUGAGGGCCCGUCCGAUGCCUUCAAAGCCCUGGUUGAUAUGGCAGCAGUUCAUUCAUCUUGUCGUUUGUGCAUCUUCUUGGGAACCAGGAUCCGGGAGAGAGAAGAGCGGAGUCCAACUUUUAUGAAGCGUCCCUGCAAAUGUACCAGAGGGACUGAAACUGUCUAUCAUGUAUAUGUACGGGAAAGGGGGAGGUUUGAGAUGGAUUCCAUUUUCCUAAGGUCAAGUAAUUUAUCAUUGCAGGCCUUUGAAUCUGCUGUGCUUGCGCAAUUCAAGUCUGUUAAGCAUGUUCCGGUUUGGAAGGAGGAAAGACCUCAAGUACUACGUGGUGGGGAUGACCUCAAACUUUACAAAGUAUAUCCUGUUGGCUUGACACAGAGACAGGCAUUGUAUUCCUUCAGAUUCAACGGGGAUAUUGAGUUUAAGAACUACAUCGAAAGCCACCCAUGUGCAAAAUUUGAAGCCAUAUUUGUAUAGUUGAAGUUCUAAAUUUUGCUUGGUGCAGAAUUGCAGGCCAAGGUGUAACCCUCAUUCUUUCCCUGUGCCGCCAUUGUUUACAACACUGGUUCUGGAUCUUGCCACAUGGAUGCAACCAGAGAGUCAGGAUGUGAUGGUUACAAAGGGGGAAUCCCAUAUUUGGGAUAAAAUUCUCAUCCUUAAAGAAAGGCCAAAAAGGAUCAAAUUUUGCCUUUUUUUGGAUACGCCCACAAAAUAACUGAAGUUCGAUGCACUGGCAAUAUUGUUUAGCUCAGAAUUGUAGUUUAGUUCUGACUCAGGCUAGCGUUAUGGGUAUUGACAACGGUACAAACUUUUGCAAGGGUAUUUUUCUUUUAAUAUAUUGGUGUGAGAAAAUAGAAAUAUAUAUUUUUGCCAGAUUUUGAAUCUGUUAUCUCUA